AAUAAUUUUUCUCGCUAACCAAACACUCCCUCCCAAUGGAUUCACGGCGAGGCUCACGCGCCGUAAUCGAUCCAAAAGUCCGUCAAGUCGGUUUCUUUACUGCUCCUCCUCCUCCCGACCUGAUCCGCUCCUCUUCGUCUUCUCCUCCUCAAACUAUCUCCAACAUCUCUCCCUCCGGCAACUCACUGUCCCCCGUCAUGAUCCCGCCGCCGCGUCAUCCCUCGGAUACUCUCAUCACCCGCCGACCUCCCUCUUCCUUGUCGGAAGACUCUGAUUUCUUCCCUCCGCCUUCUCCCACCAUCGCGCCGUCCCAGGUCGAUUUCUCAGAUGACGUGGCGGCGUCUCCGACUGCGAGGGUGAGUGGCAGAGGCGGCUCUGGAAAACUACACGGCGCUUCGUCGCUUCCCGGCGGAGGCUUGGAGAUGGCGGGAGCUUAUAAAGUAGCCAGUAGUGUGCCGGCCAGUGGUUUAACCACCGUGUCGGUUGUCAAUUUGCCACCGGGAAUUUCCGAAACAAGUGGUGGAGCAGUAUCAGUUGAAGUACAAAAUGAGCGAGCUAGUUCAAAGCCAUUGAAAGAGAAAACCUCGAAAGCUGAGAGAAGGGCCCUUCAAGAGGCUCAACGUGCUGCAAAGGCUGCUGCUAAAGCGGAAGGAGGUAAGACAUCCGGUAUGGGGGGACCGGCAAAUGCAAAACCAGCUAAAGCCACAAAGCCUGCUCCACAAAAGAAUGACAGUGCUGGGGCUGCUUUGCCCUCAGAGAAGAAAGGCGGCGAUCGCCCUGUGGAAAAAGAAAGGAAAAAAGACGUUCCUCAUCCGCGCAUGCAGUAUGAUGAUAAAAGCCGAGUGGAGAAGGCCAAAAGACGUUCUGUGGUGAAAUUAACAGAAGCUAGGAACAGAGUUGAAUUGUUCAGGCAUUUGCCUCAGUAUGAACAUGGAACCCAGCUUCCUGAUCUUGAAUCCAAAUUUUUCCAACUUGACACAGUACACCCAACUGUUUACAAGGUUGGAUUACAAUAUUUAUCUGGGGACAUCUGUGGCAGCAAUGCUCGGUGUAUUGCGAUGCUUGAAGCCUUCAAAGAGGCCAUUAAAGAUCACUCAACACCACCUGAAAAAACACUUUGUAGAGACUUAACUGCAAAAAUAAGUAGUUAUGUUUCUUUUCUUAAUGAGUGCCGGCCCAUUUCGAUCAGCAUGGGGAAUGCAAUAAGGUUUCUAAAAAGUAGAAUUGCCAAGUUACCUAUAAUUCUGUCUGAGUCAGAAGCAAAGGCAACUCUUAAGUCAGAUAUUGAUCGUUUUAUAAAUGAGAAGAUUAUAGUUGCAGAUAAAGUGAUAGUCAGACAUGCUGUUAUAAAGAUCAGAGAUGGUGAUGUUCUUCUUACAUAUGGGUCAUCUUCUGCUGUUGAAAUGAUACUACUGCAUGCCCACGAGCUUGGCAAACAGUUCCGGGUUGUGAUAGUAGACUCUCGUCCAAAGCUGGAAGGGAAACUAUUACUCCGUAGGUUGGUAGAAAAGGGACUUAGCUGUACAUACACUCAUAUAAAUGCUCUUUCAUAUAUCAUGCAAGAAGCUACUCGAGUUUUUCUGGGUGCUUCAUCAGUUUUGUCUAAUGGGACGGUUUUAUCAAGAGUUGGGACUGCAUCUGUUGCUAUGGUCGCCCAUGCAUUUCGUGUACCAGUGUUAGUAUGCUGUGAAGCAUACAAAUUUCAUGAAAGAGUGCAGCUUGAUUCAAUAUGCUCCAAUGAGCUUGGUGAUCCAGAUGCCAUUUCUAAAGUUCCUGCGAGAGAGGAUAUCGCCUACUUGGAUGGCUGGGCCAAUAAGGAAAAUCUGCAGCUUUUAAAUUUGACUUACGAUGCGACUCCGUCAGAUUAUGUUUCGAUGAUAAUCACAGAUUAUGGCAUGGUUCCACCAACAAGCGUGCCUGUCAUUGUGCGAGAAUACGGUAGAGAACACUUGUUGACAUAGAUCGUUAAUGGAUGAUACAGGCCUCUUAAAAUUUUGUCCAUGUUGCAACCUGUCUUACCUGCCGAUAUCAGAAGAAUAAGAUAGAGACAUUUUCUUUGCUUUUUUAGUCUCAUUUCAUUCAUCUGGAAUAAUGAUAUCUACCCUCAUCGAUGUCCCAACAUUUUGUAUUUUUGUUCUUUUAACCUGACUCAGUGAAGAGUGCGAAUGCUGCGCCUCUCCGGGCAGAUUUAGUGAUGCAAUCUUGGUUAUUGAGUUCCUUUCUCCUUCCCUUUUUUUUUUCCUGAUCGUCCGUCUGCUGUUAGAAUCCAACAAUGAAUUUUUAGCAGGCGUGACAAUUUUGUUUCCAGGAUUAUGAAAGAUGAAUAUCUCAAUGGGAUUUUGAUUUCUGUUCC